CACUGCAGUUGGAUGUGGUAAUGCACCUUUAAGCUGGUUUGCAAACCGCCACUAACUCUAAAGAAGAAGAAUAAGCAGAAGGAAAAAGAAGAAGUCCUGCAAAACUCUAUGGCAAAACUACCAGAAAACUACUCUGUUCAGUUUUUCACCCAUGAACUGUUCCCAUCCCGGUGGAAUACUUGUUUAGGGAGUCCCAACAACAGCACAGUCCCUUUGUUGUGUUGAUAAAGUGUGGAUCCACCCGAGCCUCUGUAUGUAUGGAUAAACCGGUCUGAAUGGACUUCGUGUUGUUUAACUUUUUCUGAACGUUUUACCUCGGAUCUCAUCGUUCCGGUAGGUCAACUACAAAGCUAUCGAAGUUAGCGUAGCAUGCUAGCUGGUUAGCAGCACAUAGCUAGCGUGACUGUUUGGUGGAGAGCAAACAGUGUUUUUGACGGAGUUUGUGUAAAGAAAAAAAAAAGUUUGUGUGAUUGUGUGAAGAUGUCUAAGGUCCAAAUGCUGAGAGAGUCGGUGAAGCAGCGACUAACCGCGGCUGCUGAAGAGAUAUUUGGGCUGUUUGAAACAACGAUAGCCGAGUACGAGGAGGAACGGUGUCGGUCAAAAGAGGAGAACGAGCGACAACGGGAACUUCUGGACGCUGUUUUCACCCCUAAGCUUCGGUUACACAGGACAGAUGCCCAGCAGCUGUCGGUGAGGGAAGAAGAGGUUCCCCCUGAGCAGCGGGAGUGGAGCCCCAGUCUGGACCAGCAGCACCCAGAGCCCCCACACAUUAAAGAGGAACAGGAGGAACUCUGGAUCAGUCAGGAGAGAGAGCAGCUUCAAGGGCUGGAGGAGGCUGAUAUCACCAAGUUCCCAUUCACUCCUGUCCCUGUGAAGAGUGAAGAUGAUGAAGAGAAACCUCAGCUGUCACAGCUUCAUCAAAGACAAACUGAACAAAUGGAAAGAGAAACUGAUGGAGAGGACUGUGGGGGACCAGAACCAGCCAAGAACUCAGAUCCAGAUAUAGAUUUACAUAUAAAUACUGAAGACCAGGCUGGAGACUCUUCAGAACCUGAGACUGAUGACAGUAAUGAGUGGAAAGAGACCAGAGAAGCUCAGUCAGGUUCAAACUCUUUGGAAAAUGAUGAUGAUGAUGAUUUUGUCAGUGAUUCGAGCUGUAGUACUGAUGAGAAAACAUUAAGCUGCUCUGAUUGUGGGAAAAGAUUUGAAUGCAAGGCAUGGCUGAAGCAACACAUGAGAACUCAUACCGGAGAAAAACCUUUCAGCUGCUCAGUUUGUAAGAAAUCUUUUGCAAAGAGUGGAAAUUUACAGGCACACAUGAGAACCCACACAGGAGAGAAACGAUUAAGCUGCUCCGUGUGUCAGAAGAAGUUUAGCCACAACACACAUCUAAAGAACCACAUGAGAGCUCAUACAGGAGAGAAACCUUUCAGCUGCUCAGUUUGUAAGAUAUCUUUUACACGGAAAGAUAGUUUACAGAAACACAUGAGAACCCACACAGGAGAGAAGCCCUUCCCAUGCUCAGUUUGUAAAAAAUCGUUUGCACAGAGUUAUACUUUACAGGUACACAUGAGAAUCCACACGGGAAAAAAACCUUUCAGCUGCUCAGUUUGAAAAGGAACUUUUUGCACACAAAAUAAAUUUACAUGUACACAUGAGAACCCACACAGGAGAGAAACCGUUUGAGGACUGUGGAGGACCAGAACCAGCCUGGAAAUCAGAUCCACAUAGACAUCCAGAACCAAAAAACUGAUGACAAGACUGGAGACUCUUGUGAACCUGAAACUGAUCGACAGUGAUUAUUGUCUGUGAAUGACAAUCGUUACUGGCUAAGUGCGGUUAAAGACUUAAACAAAAGAUGAACUAGGCAGUCACAUGUCAGAUAUCAGAACUAUGUUUUUGACAGCAGCGGCAGUAAAACCGCUGGUUCAGAUGAAAGUUUCAGCUGUGAUAAAACUCUGGAUUAAAAGAAGGUAGAAACUGUU